AUACGCAACACAAAACUAACCUAACCUAAAAUUUAAAGAAUCAUAUACAGGGCCUGUAAAAACACAAUGUUUACAAAUAUUUAGUGAUUGCAUUGAUAAAUACAUAGUUCAACAUGAGUAACAUCUAUAUUUUAGAGCCUCCGACGUCAGGAAAGGUCCUGUUGAAAACCACUGUGGGUGAUAUAGACAUUGAAUUGUGGUCAAAAGAAGCCCCAAAGACAUGCAGGAACUUUAUCCAGCUAUGCAUGGAAGGAUAUUACAAUGGAUUGAUAUUCCACAGAGUUGUAAAGGGUUUUAUAGCCCAAGGAGGUUGUCCAAAUGGGGAUGGCACUGGUGGUGACUCAAUCUAUGGAGGCACAUUUGAAGAUGAAUUCCACCAGAGGCUUAGAUACCAGAGAGGUCUGCUUGCUAUGGCAAAUGCUGGGAAGAAUGAUAAUGCUUCACAGUUUUUCUUCACACUUGGAGCAACUCCAGAACUUAACAACAAACACACCAUUUUUGGCAAAGUUGGUGGAGAUACAAUUUUCAACAUGUUGAAACUAGAGGAAGGAUUUAUCAAGAAUGAAAGGCCAGAAUAUCCUCAUAAAAUCAUCAAAGCUGAAGUGUUGAAUAAUCCUUUCCCUGAUAUUGAACCUCAGAGUGAAAGAAUUGCAUUAAAAGAACCAAAAAAGAAGAAAGAGAAGAGACAAGGUGUGAAAAACUUUAAGUUAUUGUCUUUUGGAACUGAAGCUGAAGAAGACGAGGAAGAAAAUGCAAGGGAAAACGAGAGAUACGCAGGGAAAGGAAAAUCUACACAUGAUGUUCUAGAUGAUCCGAAAUUAAGUUCACAAUCAAUCGUUGAUGAAUCAGUGGAUAACAAACCCGAAAUCAAUGAAGAUUCAUCAGAUAAUGAACAUUCUGAAGAUUCUGACAACCCUGAAGCUACAGAACAAAGAUUACAGGCGAUUCGAAACAAACUCAAAGCUGGCAGCAGCAAAACCAAAUCAACUAACAAAAAAAUAGAGAAAAAGAAGAUCGUAGCAGAUGAUGACGAUGUUUACCCAGAGGAAGAUGAACAUGUACAGCACAAGAAACGAAAAUAUGAAGAAAUCCAGAAGCAGAUUGAGUCCGUAAAACGUGAAUAUCAUCAAAAUAAACUCAAACGCACUGAAGAAAAGGAAGAAGAAGAGAAAAAAGAAGCUCACAAAGAGCAGUUUAAAGAAUAUAAAGACACACAUAACCUAUACAAAGAAAAAUCAAAAGAUCUGCCUAAAAAAGGAUCACAACGUGAAGAUUUCACGCUAAGUUUGUUGAAUAAAUUUAAAAACAAACUCAACAAAGCUAAGGAACAAGAUGAAGAAGAACAGAGUAAUGAUCAAGCAUCUAAAACAGAUGUAGAUGUUGAUAUAGAUGAUGAAAAGACUUGGCUUGCGCACAAGUUGAGAUUUGUUUCAGAUACACCAGUGCUAGCAAAGGAUGCAAGCACAAAAGACGAUGAUUGGUUCGAGAUCUACGAUCCACGCAACCCGCUUAACAAGCGGCGACGCGGUGAGAAAACACACAAAAAGAAAUAAGAAAAUUAAACUCUUAAUAUAAAAACAAAAAAGAUAAUAAAAUGUCUUCUUGAAUCAAA